CCGGGACGGCCGGCGGACGCGGAUGCGGACGCGGCGGCGGACUCACCCCGGCCCCACGGUCCUGACUGUGUCCCUGCAAAGAGACCAGCAUCCCUGUGAGCGCAGCUUGCACAGAGAAGGCCCUGUGACCUGCCCCAGCACACUCUCCCUCCGGAUGGCCUUCCUGAGUUGCCAGGAAAGAUUGUAGAUGUUCACUUUGAGAUAUAAUACUGAAAGGAAAACUUAAGAAUCACUUUUAUAGCUGGUUUUUUUAUCUAGUGUGGAAAUUAAGAACCAAGUGUACAAGAAAGGCCUAAGGAUUCCGAAUGUGAGGAGGUGACUAGAAAGGGCACUGGCAUGCUGAAGUGGCAGUGCCCAUCUGAGCAGAAGCUGCAAGCUGAGGCUGAGGCUCUGGUCUCUGGACAGGCUGUGCCACUGGAUUCCAGCACAUCUGGGCAGUGGUCUGGCCCCAUCUAAUCAGGCCCACCUCUACAAGCCCUGCAGGUGAGCGAGUGACGUUUGCCUCGCCAGCAUGUGACGGCCAGGGUCUGCUUCCUACAGGGGUGUCUGUUCCCUGACCAAGUGACGAACAUGGACCAGCGGGAGGGCCCGUCCCCUGCUCCCACAGAAAACGAAGUGAAAUAUGAUCCUAAUAACAAUGAGGAGGAGGAGGGGGAGCAGUUCGACUUUGACAGUGGGGAGGAAGUUCCAGAAGCAGAUCGACAAGCCCCGUCCGAUGCUGGGGCGUGGGGCCAGGAGGCAGGGGAAGCUGCUGCCCCAGCUGGAGGUGAAAAGAGAGCCGGCCCAGAAGCGGAGGCAGUGGCAGAACCUGCCCCACUUGCGGUCCCAACCAGAGUGAACCCCUAUUCCGUCAUCGACAUCACGCCGUUCCAGGAGGACCGGCCGCCGAGCCCCGACCUGAACGCUGAGGAGGAAGCCGUGGGUCUGCACGUGCCCAGUGGGUACUCGGUGCCCGUGCCCUGUGGCUACGCCGUCCCCUCCAGCCUGCCCCUGCUGCAGCCAGCCUACUGCAGCCCCGCCAUCUUCCGUGCGGAGUCUGUGGACGAGGAAGGAGCUCUGGAGGGUGCCCAGGACCACCAGCCUGCUUCCCUGAGUUCCGAGGACCCUCCGCACGGUGGUGACCAAGGCAGCAGAGGAGGCAGUGCCCUCGCCCAGUGGACAGCGGAUCCUGCCAACACAGCGUGGAUGGAGAAUCCAGAGGAAGCAAUUUACGAUGAUGUUCCCAGGGAGAAUUCGGACUCGGAACCAGAUGAGAUGAUCUACGACGACGUCGAGAACGGAGAGGACGGUGGGAACAGCUCUUUGGAGUACGGAUGGAGUUCAAGCGAGUUUGAAAGCUAUGAAGAGCAGAGCGACACGGAGUGCAGGAACGGAGUCCCCAGGCCCUUUCUGCGCAGCAGCCACAGGAAGCAGCUCUCCCACGACCUAACCCGUUUAAAGGCGCACUGCGGGGAGAAGGUGAGAAGCUUGGUGGCGAGCACAGUGGGAGCCGUGGAGGGGCGGCCGCGGCCGCUGCAGCGCAGGCGCCAGCGCAAGAUGCAGAAACUCAUGAAGGCGGCCAGGGAGGGCACCAAGGACGGGCUUGAGAGGACGAGAGCCGCCGUGAAGAGGGGCCGCUCCUUCAUCAGGACCAAGUCCCUCAUUUCUCAAGAUCACAGAUCUUGUCUUGAUGAGGAGCAGAAUUUGUUCAUUGACGUUGACUGCAAACACCCAGAGGCUGUCCUGACACCCAUGCCUGAGGGUUUGUCGCAGCAGCAGGUUGUAAGAAGAUACAUUCUGGGUUCCGUUGUUGAAAGCGAAAAGAACUAUGUUGAUGCUCUUAAGAGGAUUUUGGAGCAAUAUGAGAAGCCGCUGUCGGAGAUGGAGCCCCGGCUUCUGAGCGAGCGGAAGCUGAAGAUGGUGUUCUACCGCGUCAGGGAGAUCCUGCAGUGCCAUUCCAUGUUCCAGAUCGCACUGGCCAGCCGCGUGUCCGAGUGGGAUGCUGUGGAGACCAUUGGCGACGUCUUUGUGGCUUCGUUCUCCAGGUCCAUGGUGCUGGACGCCUACAGCGAGUACGUCAACAACUUCAGCACAGCUGUGGCGGUGCUGAAGAAGACCUGUGCCGCGAAGCCUGCCUUCCUGGAAUUCCUGAAGCAGAGCCAGGAGGGCAGUGCAGACAGGGUCACGCUCUACAGCCUGAUGAUGAAGCCCAUCCAGAGGUUCCCGCAGUUCAUCCUCCUGCUCCAGGACAUGCUGAAGAACACCUCCAAAGGUCAUCCCGACAGGCUGCCCCUUCAGAUGGCCCUGACAGAGCUCGAAACCUUAGCAGAGAAGCUGAACGAAAGGAAGAGGGACGCUGACCAGCGCUGUGAGAUCAAGCAGAUAGCCAAAGCCGCCAACGAGAGGUACCUGGACAAGCUCCUCAGCAGUGGGAGCCGGUACCUCAUUCGAUCUGAUGAUGUGAUCGAGACAGUUUUCAACGACCGAGGAGAGAUCGCCAAGACCAAGGAGCGCCGGCUGUUCAUGCUCAAUGACGUGCUGCUGUGUGCCACGGUCAGCUCGCGCACCUCCCACGAGAGCCGCCCCGCAGCCAGCCAGAGGUACCUGCUGAAGUGGAGUGUGCCUCUUGGGCACGUGGACGUGAUCGAGUACAGCCCUGGCACAGGGCACCAGGGCAGGUGCCCUGCCGUGCACACACCUGAGAGCCUGGCCGUGGUCCCUAAUGCGAAGCCCCACAAAGUGUACCUGGGGCCAGGGCAGCUGUAUCAAGAUCUGCAGAACCUGCUGCAUGACCUGAACGUGGUCGGCCAGAUCGCUCAGCUGAUCGGAAACCUCAAGGGCAGCUAUCAGAACCUAAACCAGUCAGUAGCCCACGAUUGGACAUCAGGUUUACAAAGACUGAUUUUGAAGAAAGAAGAUGAAAUCAGAGCUGCCGACCGCUGCAGAAUCCAGCUGCAGCUCCCGGCGAAGCAGGACAAGUCUGGGCGACCCACCUUCUUCACAGCUGUGUUCAACACGUUUACGCCAGCCAUCAAAGAGUCCUGGGUCAACAACCUGCAGAUGGCCAAGCUCGCCCUCGAGGAGGAGAACCACCUGGGCUGGUUCUGCGUGGACGACGAGGGCAGUCACACCAAGAAGGAGACGCACCCGCUCCUCGUGGGACACAUGCCGGUGACGGUGGCCAGGCAGCCAGAGUUCCAGAUCGAGUGUGCUGCUUAUAAUCCUGAGCCUGACCUAAACACAGAGAGUCAGUCAGAACCGUUUCCCACGGCGCGUGGCUUCCUGUGGAUUGGAAGUUGUAGCAGCCAAAUGGGUCAGAUCGCCAUUGUCUCGUUCCAAAACUCCAACCCCAAAGUCAUCGAGUGCUUCAACGUGGACUCCCGCAUCCUGUGUAUGGUGUACGUCCCUGCGGAGGAGCCACAACGGGAGCCCAGUGCCACCGUGGACCCCGAGGCCCCGGCCACCAGCACGUCGGCCGUGCCUACCAUCUGCGUGGGCACUGAGGAGGGGAGCAUUUCCAUCUAUAAAAGCAGUCAAGGCGCCAAGAAAGUGAGGCUUCAGCACUUUUUCACUCCUGAGAAGUCCACCGUCCUGAGCCUGGCCUGCUCGCCGCAGGGCCUGUACGCUGGCCUGGUCAAUGGCUCGGUGGCCAGCUACACCAAGGCUGCAGAUGGAUCCUGGAAUUCAGAACCUCAGAGAGUGAUAAGACUGGGCGUCCUGCCAGUUAGAAGCCUCCUGCUGAUGGAAGACACCCUGUGGGCAGCUUCCGGGGGUGAGGUUUUCAUCAUCAGCACCGAGACUCAUGCUGCGGAGAGCCAGCUGGAGGCUCAUCAGGAGGAAGGAAUGGUCAUCUCCCACAUGGCCGUGGCCGGUGUGGGGAUCUGGGUCGCCUUCACCUCGGGGUCCACCCUCCGUCUCUUCCACACGGAAACCCUGAAGCAUCUACAGGACGUGAACAUUGCUGCCGCCGUGCACAGCAUGCUGCCAGGGCACCAGCGGCUGUCGGUGACAAGCCUCCUCGUCUGCCACGGCUUGCUGAUGGUCGGCACCAGCCUGGGUGUGGUCGUGGCCCUGCCCGUCCCUCGUCUGCAGGGGAUCCCCAAGGUGACCGGAAGAGGCAUGGUCUCCUACCAUGCACACCACGGGCCCGUCAAGUUCAUUGUCAUGGCCACGGCGUUACAUGAGAAGGACCAGGACAAAGCCAGGGACAGCCCGCCUCCUGGCCCUGAGCCCCAGGAUGAGGAUCAGAGGGACACGCUCCCUGCUGAGGGCACUGGCGCCUGCCCAGGCCAGGCUGACCUGGACACAGCCAUCUGGUUGGGAGACUCACUGGGACCAGGGACUCACAAGAGUGACCUGUCCUCCUCGUCCAGGUCUCUGAGCUUAUCCCAGGGCUCCAGCUCGCUAGAGCACAGGUGGGAGGACAGCAGCACUUGUGACCUCCUGAAGGACCCCACUGCCCCCCCGAGAAGCAGGGUGCGGCGGCCCAGGAAAGCCAGGGCCAACUCGGUGCUGGUGGUGUGCGGGGGCCAGGGCCAUCGGCGGGUGUGCCGGAAAGCCCGGCAGCCGCCCCCGGAGGAGGUGGUGUCUUCCGUGAUGGUCUGGCAGAUCCCACUGCUGAGCUUGUAGGUGGACGGCGCCUCCUGGCGUGGUAGUGAGCCUCAGGGGCCACGGCCAUGCUCACACUGGCCGGGCCAGCUGAGGCGCAUUUGGGAAGAAAUGUGCACCACUCUGCGCAGCGCCGCCCACCGCCCCUCUGCCGCAGCCUGCAGCGUGGGCAGCGCUUGCCUCCUAUGCCGGCCUUCCGCACCCACCGCCCACUCUCCUUACCUCGCGACUUCACGGGGAAAAUAGCUGUUCAGGAAUGCGGGACUUAUUAACAGCGCUUGGCUCCAAUUCACUGCUCUUAUUUAUAUUCUAUAUUUUCUAAUUCCAGGGUAGAAUUCAUAACAGUUUAAAAAACCGGGUAACACACACUAGUCCAGUCAGGGUGGUUUACCUUUGGAAGGGGCCUGGGCCUUCCAAAGGGGUCUGAUGUUUGUACUGUAUAUUUUAACAAAGCAUUAUUUUUUAUAUUGCAUUUUCUAUUAAAAAUUAACAGUUAAAAUCAAUAUAUUAUCUAUGGCGUCUCACAAAUAAUUUUUGCUUUGAACCAAAAGUUCAAUAGUUGCCAACAUUGAGACUCAGGCAUCGAUGCCAAAACCAUUCUUGCCUUGUCCUGUGAGAUGCUUUUUACCGUCUGCAUAGACAUGCGAGGUGUAGAGUCCUAGUUAGCGCACAUGAGAAGCCGAGUCUAUUCCAGGUGUCCUUCCCCAGUGAACACCAGCUGUCCAUAUUUGAAAUGUCAUUCUGGAUGGCUCGCGUAUGCUGCUGACCUGGGACCAGCCAGAGGGACCCCCUCUGCCAUGGAGAUGCCCCGCAGGACACUGCUGCUGGCCUGGGAGCAGCCAGAGGGACCCCCUCUGCCAUGGAGAUGCCCUGCAGGACACUGCUGCUGGCCUGGGAGCAGCCAGAGGGACACCCUCUGCCAUGGAGAUGCCCCGCAGGACACUGCUGCUGGCCUGGGAGCAGCCAGAGGGACCCCCUCUGCCAUGGAGAUGCCCCGCAGGACACUGCUACUGGCCUGGGACCAGCCAGAGGGACGCCCUCUGCCAUGGAGCCUCCACCAGGGUCCUGGCACUGCCCUCGGCAGCUGCAGGCCUGCCCGCUGGGCGCGAGGCCACGGUGUGCUAGUAACUGGAUGGAAAACAGGAAGGAAAAAGACCUGAGGAGGCUCUUCCAGAAGCAGACCUCCUGGCACUCUGCAGAUGGCUGAGAAUGCUGAUUUUAUGACUUAGCCAGGUAUUUUCUGAGUUACAUAUAUACUUUCAAGCUUUGUUAAACUGUUAGCUGCUAUUUCCUUUCACAAAUAAAGUCUUUUUAUUAAAAAAAAUUCAGUAUUACAA